CAGCCUCCAACUCUUUUUCUUCCUUCUUCCUCUACGUUGUCGUAGUGUCAUCGAUAUGAUGUUUGGGCCACCGCCGUCCGCCGGUGAUAGCAUUAAUAUCCCCGACAUGCCAACCAUUCGUACCAUUUUCCCUUUCAAGUAACCCCACUUACGGCCUUACGGGCAUCUGGAGCCGAACAAGCUAUUGUGCGCAUUAUUCGUGAAGCAUUUGAAGUCGUACAUAUCAUAUCCUUGGCGGCGGAAUGAAUAAUCGCAGGAGCGAGCUGGGAGGAUCGGCGAUGCAGAGCGUACCGCGGACAUGGAGUCAUCAGCGGUCUGAUUCGACCAUCAACGAUGUCGCGAUAACCCAGGCAGUGAUCGGGAAGCUCGUCACCGGUGUGGGCUACCUGUCGCUGACGUGGUCGACGGUGGUCCUCCUCGGCGGCUUCGUCUCCACGGUGCCCAUUAACGAGUUUUGGUUCCUCACAGCUAUCAGCCUAGUGCUUGCAUCCACGGUCUUGACCGUCCACGAUUACAGCAUCGAGAGUGUUGAGGCAGUGUUGAACUCCACAACUAGUAUGAUUGAAACCUUUACGGCUUUCCAAAAGUCUGCGAAAAAGCAUUCCACUGCUGCCUUCGUGUUCAGUUCGAUGUGUGGUAUUGUGCUGAUGGUGCUCGCGCAAAUAGUAGUGGUAUUCCUCGCACUUUUAAUUGAAGCUGUGCUGAUCAUCAAUAUGCUUGGGCCGAUGGCAUCCAUGGUGAUCUCAAUGACCCGCCUAAUACGGCACGAUUAUGGUGAUGACAAUGGAAAUCUCAGAGCAGCCUUGUUCAUAUUUUACUCCCUAGCUCUGGCUCAUAGUGUGUGCUUCUACUGCUGGUUCCUGCUUCAGUAUUUCCUUGAGAAGUUGUCCAAGUCGGCAAGCAAAGAAUUCGGCCUUAACAAGGACUUUGGGGGCCAAAAAUUGCUCCUUCAAUACCUCCGAGAAACCAAAGCCAAGUGUGCAGAUGAUCUGAGCUUGCCCGGUGGCUGGAACAUGGUCACAUAUGCUGUCGGAUUGCUGAAAUCCGUGUCCCGGGAUGAUCAUCUGGAUGGUUUACGGAUGCUUGAUGCAUUCGUCGUCAACAAGAGGCCAUCCAUAAGACUGGAGCUACUGUCCUCCAGCGAAUCCAUCCAGAAUCUGAUCAAAAUGCUUCAGUGGACUGACCCGGCACUGGAGGACCAAGAGAUGAGAGAACGCGCCGCAAGGAUCGUGGCAGAUGUUGCCACGGGUGCAUUACACAUUGUUCAGAUACCAGGUGCCCUGCAGUGCAUAUCUUCUCUGCUUCAAGUAUCUCCACUAAGACAAUACUGCCAAGAGGUUGAAAAAGGUCCACAGAAACAGGAUCAAGACAAGGAAGGAGGAGAAGAAGAAAAAGACAAGAACAUGAAUACUGCAAUAGAUGAGCAGAUAACUGACAGGCUUCUAAGGAUGGACAGAAGAGCGAAGAAAUUCUUAUUUGGGACGAUGGAUGACAAGAGCUCCUUCAAGCCCCAAGGCACUAGAGAGUUGAUUCAUCAGGGCCUACAGAUACUUGAGAGGCUCGCAUGUGACGACCAAAACUGCAGAGAGAUCUGCUGCAACCAACGGCUGCUUACCAAGAUCAUUGCGCCAAUCACUUCUCCUGCUUUACUUCACACAGAUUAUGACAAUGCAUGGGUUGAUAUACUGAGCAUUUUGCUGAAGCUGGUGAGGCUGCUCAUCAGUGCUCCUGGAGAAGCUGGCACAAGGGUAUGCCAUGAUAUCUCGGCUUGUGAGGACGCGGUCCGCAACUUGUUGGGGAUUCUUGGCCAAAAUGCAACUUAUCCCAUGCAACUUCAGGAAAAUGCCAUGGAGAUUCUUACAGAAAUAGCAAUUGGUAGCCCUGCAAUCAUGGCGGAGGAUUUCAUCAGGAAGCUGUGGUGCAUCUUCCUUUCCAACAGAGGAACAAGCAGAUUGAGGAGAAAAGCAGGAGAACAACUUGCAAAACUGCUUUCUGCUCAAGGUGCAAAUGGGCAGGUAUUUGUCAAGGAUGUAUUUUGUGAAAAUGAUACAGUUGUUGCUCAACUCAUUGAUAUACUUGUUCAAGACAAGGAGUGCCAGAUAAGUGCGGCAGCAAUAUUGGAGCACUUAUGUUGCCAUUUUGUUAGGUACAAUGAACUAUCAGAGCUAUGUGUGGUUAAACUGUUGAGAAUGAUACUUGAUCUAAUUAGUAAAAUGGAAAUAAAGGAGGAAACUGUACCAGGGGCAGGGGAAAGCAAUAGUUUUGACGUACAUAACGAUGAAGAAAGCAAGCCUCCAAAACAAUCUGGUCCGAAGAAGCCCUGGGUUCCGAAAAAUGAUGAGCUAUCUGAAGAAACGAAAUUUCUAGCAGCUCUGAUGUCCCUUCUUGUGGUGAUAUGCAACAAAAUGGUUGAUGCACAUGUAUUUUGUUAUGUCACAUCAGUGGAUGCAGCACUGGUGAAGAAGCUCAAGAAGAUAAUCGAAGCAAAUAACAAAAACACAGCUGACUGUCUAAGAAUAGUGAAACUUGCCUGUCAGGUGGUUAUAGCGAUAAUUCAUCUCAAACCUAGCUGCAUCAAAGACUUCAAUGGAAAUCAUUUCGAUGCUGUACUGUCCACGGCUUUGAAGAACAUGUCAGACAUCGAUAACUGCAUGCUCUUUGCAGUCCAAGAUUGUCAGAUAACAAAGCCUGCCAGAACUCUCUCUUCUCUUGUAAAAGAAGCCCAGGGACUCCUCCAGAAUGCACAAGAUGUAACAGUCCUAUCUGAUUAAAAUCAUGUAUUGCAUCUCCAAGAAUAACAGAUCAUCGAGUGUACUACUUGUCAUCUGAAGACUGAAGUUAUCUAUUUUCUGAACUACACGAGCAAAUGGAGUGUGCUGCCGUGUCUAUUUUCUGUACCUAGUGUGCAAAUGGAGUGUACCUUCUAUAUUCUGUACUAUGCAUGUCAAUUGUCGAACAUUGUAUGAAUACUUUAAAAGUGUAGUAUCUCUGAAACAUUUAUUGACA